AUGGCUGAAGCCGAAAACUUUGAGGAAGAUCUCUUCGCUGAUUUGUAUACCGAAGACGACAACGCCGCAAAUCCAGCAGAGGCAGUACCUGAACCUAUUGCCCAACCUUCAGCCCCUGCUACAGAAUUAAAAGCUGAAGUGAAACCCGAACAAGAUAUUGAACAGAAUCCACAAGACGGGGAUGGAGAUGGAGAUCAGCAGAUGUAUAACGGUGAACAAGACAUGGAUGAUGAAAUAGAUUUCAAUUUGGGAAGCGGGAAUGAUAAUGGGAAUGGCACUGGUUAUGAUGCUCCUUCAACUAGAGAUGAAGCACAGGGACCGGGUAUCAAGGAAGAUGGGUAA